CUCAGGACACCAUGGCUAGUGAAUCUCCAGGCAAUUCUCCACUUUCCCACUUUCUCAGCUCUUUCGUUUGGAACGGCCGUCAGUUUGAUAUAAACUCACUGAAAGGCAAGAAACGGAAGCGCUGGUUCAAGUCCCGCAGAGUUGCCCUUCCCCCGUCUGUGUCACUACUACACGAGUCCGAACAGUGAGCCCUGCAGCCAGAGAGGAAGGGAGGGAGGAGAGUACAUUGGGUGGGAGUUUCAGGAGAGAGAGAGAGAGAGAGAGAGAGAGAAAGAAAGAGAGAGAGAGAGAAGGAUUGUCUUGCAUUAUAUCAGCCGGUUGCUGAGUGAAGCAAACACUGGAGCGUUUGUCCAGCCAGGGUUUGAGUCUCAGGAAAAAAGGUGCUACUGUCAGUGGAGAAAACCGAGGCAGGAGUGAGUCAUGUCCACGCUUGGAGACCCACACACACGUGAGGACUGAAAACAAGCGCGCACCGCUGGGAUUAGCCGUAGCCGCUAACAGAAGGAGGUCCAGAAUGAGCAUUAUCAUGAAGCCCCGCUCUCGCUCCACCAGUUCACUUAAGAACACAGACGGCUUUGAUGUGGACAAUGGCACCUCUUCAGGUCGCAGUCCGCUGGAUCCAAUGGCCAGUCCAGGCUCAGGUCUCAUCCUCCAGGCCAAUUUCGUCCACAGCCAGAGGAGAGAGUCCUUUCUGUACCGUUCAGACAGUGACUACGACCUCUCACCAAAGUCCAUGUCCAGAAACUCCUCCAUCGCCAGUGACAUACAUGGUGAUGACAUGAUUGUUACCCCUUUUGCACAGGUUCUGGCGAGUUUAAGAACUGUCCGGAAUAAUUUUGCUGCUUUAACAAAUGUACAACAGGAAAGAUCAAAUAACAAGAGAUCCCCCAUGUGUAACCCACCUCCCAUCACAAAGACCUCCUACACAGAGGAGGCCUACCAGAAGCUGGCCACUGAGACCCUGGAGGAGCUGGACUGGUGCCUCGACCAGCUGGAGACCCUGCAGACCAGGCACUCGGUCAGCGAGAUGGCAUCCAACAAGUUCAAGAGGAUGUUGAACAGAGAAUUGACUCACCUCUCAGAGAUGAGCCGAUCUGGUAACCAGGUUUCUGAGUACAUCUCCAGUACAUUCCUGGACAAGCAAAACGAAGUGGAAAUGCCAUCGCCACAGUCCCAGAAAGACAAGGAGAAGAAAAAAAGGCCGAUGUCUCAGAUUAGCGGUGUUAAGAAGCUAACGCACAGUUCCAGCCUUACCAACUCAAACAUCCCUCGGUUUGGGGUUAAAACUGAAACAGAAGAUGAGCUGGCCAAGGAGCUCGAAGAUGUAAAUAAAUGGGGCCUUAAUGUCUUCAAAGUGUCAGAAUUUUCUGGAAACAGACCUUUAACGGUUAUGAUGUACACAAUAUUCCAGGAGAGGGACUUGUUAAAGACGUUUAAAAUUCCCCUCGACACGUUUAUCACCUAUCUGAUGACUUUAGAGGACCAUUAUCAUGCUGACGUUGCCUAUCACAACAACAUCCAUGCUGCUGAUGUCACACAGUCCACUCACGUCCUGCUAUCAACUCCUGCCCUUGAGGCUGUGUUUACAGACCUUGAAAUUCUCGCUGCCAUAUUUGCCAGUGCGAUUCAUGAUGUUGACCAUCCUGGCGUCUCCAACCAGUUCCUCAUUAACACUAACUCUGAGCUGGCCCUCAUGUACAAUGAUUCAUCUGUGUUGGAGAAUCAUCAUCUAGCUGUUGGCUUUAAGCUGCUUCAGGAGGAAAACUGUGACAUCUUCCAGAACCUGACCAAGAAACAGAGACAGUCGCUCCGCAAGAUGGUCAUUGAUAUUGUUCUGGCCACAGACAUGUCAAAACAUAUGAAUUUGUUGGCGGAUCUGAAAACCAUGGUGGAGACCAAAAAGGUGACCAGUUCAGGGGUUUUACUGCUGGACAACUAUUCUGACCGGAUACAGGUGUUGCAGAACAUGGUUCACUGUGCUGACCUCAGUAACCCGACGAAGCCGCUGCAGCUGUACAGGCAGUGGACAGACCGCAUCAUGGAGGAGUUCUUCAGUCAGGGGGACAGAGAGCGCGAGCGCGGCAUGGAGAUCAGCCCCAUGUGUGACAAGCACAACGCCUCCGUCGAGAAGUCCCAGGUUGGCUUCAUUGACUACAUCGUGCACCCGCUGUGGGAGACGUGGGCAGACCUGGUGCACCCAGAUGCUCAGGACAUCCUGGACACGCUGGAGGACAACAGAGAGUGGUACCAGAGCACCAUCCCGCAGAGCCCGUCUCCAGCACUGGACACCAGCAGCGAGGGCCGCCGCGCUGCAGGACAGGAGAAGUUUCAGUUCGAGCUGACUCUGGAGGAAGACGGAGAGUCAGACACCGAGAAGGACAGCGGCAGCCCUCCUGAAGAAGAUGAAGAGGAGGAGGAGGAAGAGGAGAACAGCUGCAGCGACUCCAAAACACUUUGCACACAGGACUCUGAAUGUACAGAGAUCCCACUGGACGAGCAGGUGGGGGACGUCCCGCACGAGGACGAGUACGAACAUGAGGAGAACAGGGAAAUAUCUGAACCCUGCGUUUUAGAGGAGGAGGAGGAAGAGGAGGAGGAGGAGGAAGAGGACACUGCCAACACAUAACACAGUAUGACACGCCACAACCUGGACUUUUUUGUAUUAGAGAUGAGAAAUACUUAUUUAUGGGUAAGACGUUAGUUUUGUUUCAUCGUUUAUUUUGCGUGUCUGUCGUUCUCAAGUGCUUUUUAAUGUCUGUGUGUCAAUCCUUCUUUUAUGUUCUAUUACGAGUUCAUAUUAGGAGAACGUAAAAAUCACUUACAUCAUUUUUAUUGGCAACUAAUGUAUUUAAAAACAUAAAAUGAUCAGUUUUUUUUCAUAGUAUUUUUUUAUUUCAUGUUCAAAUGGAAAUUGCACCUACAGCAUGAAUAGAGCUUUGAGCAUAUGAUGGAAACUAACCUAUUUAAUUGCAAAAGGAUUAUGAAGUACAACAGGAAUAUUCUAAAAAAGGCACUCUGAUUAUUCACAGUAUUCUGAAGUGCCCCCGAUAACUUUAUCUUACAUUAUAACUGACUUUAAGUCCAUUUCACUGAUUAUUUAUCAGUCUGGAUGUUGUAUUUACACUGUUAACAAGAGCCCCUUUCACACAGUGAUACCAGUAAAUAUCCAGAUUUCUGAAACGACUUUACCGAUCAAUUUAAAUGUGCUGUUUACACAGGCAAGAACGUUCCGGAAUUUUUCUGGAAAACACCAUUCA